AUGUCGAGUGACCCAGAAGACGACUAUGUGCCUUGGAUCCAGCAGUUUUGUGAAGCCUUUGGGCAUGAUUACUUUGUUCCCGUUGCCCAGGAGUUCAUAGACGACGAUUUCAACUUAACGGGCUUAUCUCUGCAAGUUCCAUAUUAUCGGGAAGCAUUGUACACAAUUUUGGACUACCAGGUCGAGACUGCUGAUGGCAAUAAUAGCAGUGCCGCUGCUGGUGCUUCAGGCGGUUCCUCGGGUGGCAAGAGGGGCGAUUUGCCCAACAAAGCAUUGCUAUCACACUCCGCCGAGCUUUUGUAUGGGCUUAUACAUGCAAGAUACAUUACAUCGAAGCCAGGGUUGACAGCCAUGGCCAGCAAAUUUGAACGAAGCGAGUUUGGUAUUUGCCCGCGCUACUAUUGCGACGGAAUGCAUUUGAUUCCCGUCGGUGCCACAGAUAUUCCAGGUCAAGAAACGGUGAGGCUAUACUGUCCUUGCUGCAGCGACAUAUAUUUGCCUCUGAGCUCACGGUACUUAAAUAUUGACGGUGCGUUUUUUGGCACGUCGUUCCCGGGUCUUUUGGUCAAGAUGUUCCCUGAAAUCGACAAUCAGUGUCGGCUCAGAAUCAAUAGGGUAAAUCAGGAUAAUUUCGGGUUGCGGCUUUUCGGUUUUAAAAUCCACGAGUCAAGUGCCAGUGGGCCGCGGAUGAAAUGGUUGAGGCAAAUGCCAGAGACUGAGCAAGAGAAGGCUGAGUUCGAUAGUUGCGAGUUGAGUCUCCCAGAGGAGGAUACAAACUUGGAGCUUGAAGCAGCCUCUGAAGAGGCUGAUGAUGACGACAAGACUAUGGCCAGCGACGGUAAUUAA